ACACAAACUAAAAAACCGAUCAUAGAAAGGAAAAAAAAAAUCAAAACCCUAGAAGUCACUAAGUCGAUUCAAAAUGGUUGCGAGAAGUGAGGAAAUUGUGAUAGUGGAAGAAGAUACGACUGCGAAAUGUUUGAUGUUGUUAUCAAGAGUCGGAGAAUGCGGCGGCGGCUGCGGGGGAGAUGAACGUGUUUUCCGAUGCAAGACUUGUCUUAAAGAGUUCUCAUCGUUUCAAGCUUUGGGAGGUCAUCGUGCAAGCCACAAGAAACUUAUCAACAGUGACAAUCCAUCACUUCUUGGAUCCUUGUCCAACAAGAAAACUAAAACGUCUCAUCCUUGUCCGAUAUGUGGAGUGAAGUUUCCGAUGGGACAAGCUCUUGGUGGUCACAUGAGGAGACAUAGGAACGAGAAAGUCUCAGGCUCGUUGGUUACACGUUCUUUUCUACCGGAGACGACGACGGUGACGGCUUUGAAGAAAUUUAGUAGUGGGAAGAGAGUGGCUUGUUUGGAUUUGGACUUAGAUUCGAUGGAGAGUUUGGUCAAUUGGAAGUUGGAGUUGGGAAGAACGAUUUCUUGGAGUUAAGUUUUUGGGUUGUAUACAGUUUCACAUGAUUUUGUAAUCUUUGUUGAUCCAAUUAUCGUACCGAUCGAUGUGAAUAUUAUUUUGAUACAAUAUCCGAAAUUUCUUUUACGGUUUACUAAUUUUUUUGGUUUCUUUAAAUUAACCCUUGAAGGUUGAGCUAUAUCAAUGGUUUUAAGUAGUGUAAGAACUAUAUCAUUAGUGUGGUCAACUAGAAAAACAAGAACUCAUUGAAGAAGUAUAACCAGAGACGAGAUUAAGCUAUCCAACCUCCCUUGCUCUCUUACAAGAAUCGCAUAUCCAAGGGAAGAAAUGCAACUAAGAAAUUGUUCUAUAAGCUGAACUUAGUUUGGAUCAUUCUAAUAUAAGUAGUUAUGAUUCCUAAAUGUUGUCUACGGUUUUUCUUUUUUUUCAGUUUUUUGGCAC